AUGGUUGAAAGAAAAUUUGGCAAUUCAGAUAUCCAUUACAACAAGGAUGUUGACGAUGUUGACGAAGAUGGAGUUUUGGUGAUCAAUGAACACAACAGAGUUCAGGCCAAGUUCCCAGACUUUUUACCUUCUUGGGAUCCAAGACAAAAGUACCCACCAUUAAGAUUCCACAAGUACAUUGAUCCAGCUUCUCGUGCUGACCCCGACUUCCCAAAUUUGUUCCCCAAAGGCGGUGAUCAUAAGAUCACGAGAAUCACACCCAAGUUUGGUACUGAGGUUGAUGGUAUUCAAUUAUCUCAAUUGAAUGAUGCCGGAAAAGAUGAGUUGGCAUUGUUGUUGGCCCAAAGAAAAGUGCUCUUGUUCAAUGACCAAGAUUUUGCCAGCCAUGGACCAGGUUUUGCAGUUGAGUUUGGAAAAUAUUUCGGACCUUUGCACAUUCACCCUAGUUCUGGUUCGCCCAAGGGUCACCCAGAAUUGCACAUUACUUACAGGAGACCUGAAAAGGGUGAAUUGGAGAGGAUUUUUAGAGAAAGAACCACAAACACUGGCUGGCACAGUGAUGUGACUUAUGAGUUGACACCAAGCAGAUUCACGGUUUUCCAAGUGUUGGAGAGUGGCGAUGGUGGUGACACUGUAUUUGCCGAUACUGCAGAGGCGUAUAGAAGAUUGUCUCCUGCUAUGCAGCAGAGAUUGGAAGGUUUGCAUGUUUUGCAUACAAGCGAGGACCAAGCUGCAAACUCGACUUUCCAAGGUGGUAUUGAAAGAAGAAAAGCUGUGUCAAACAUCCACCCAUUGAUUAGGUUGGACCCUGUUACUGGCGAAAAGUCCAUCUAUGUCAACAGAGCAUUUGGCAGAAGAAUUGUGGAAUUGAAGAAAGAGGAAAGUGAAUACUUGUUGAACUUUUUGUACGAUGUUAUUGAGAGAAGCCAAGAUUUACAAUUGCGUGUCAAUUGGGAAGGAGGUAGAAGAAACAAAGUUGCAUUGUUCCACAACAGCGGCGUCUCACACACUGCUACUUUUGACACUGAGGAUGGCGAAGUAAGACACGCUUACAGGAUAAGUGUGUUGGGUGAGCGUCCAAUAGCUAAACUUGAAGAUUUGAACAAGGAGGAGUAUACACCUGGUGAUUUAGAGCAAGCCUUGAGAGGUAUCAAACCUAUCGAUUAA